AUGCCAAUCCUUCCAAGCUCAUUGAGUAGCAUCAACUCCAAAGUAAAUUCAGCUCGUAAAACUUUUAAUUCAAGUUUAGAUAAAGCAGGAGAGAAAUCUGGUAUCUUCAAAUCAUCAUCAUCAUCAACAACAACACACAAUAAUCAAAAUAGUAUCUCAUCAAAUCAAACAAGUGGAGGCAAUCCACCUUAUCAGCCAAAAUCAACAGCACCACCGCCACCACCACCUCGUCGUUACGAUUCUAAUCAACCCGCCUCAUCAAACACUUCAAUCAAUCAGAAUUAUGGACCACCACCAUCACUUACAGCACCACCUCGUUAUGUAGCUUCUAGCUCUAAUCCUUCAAACACUUCACUUGAUCAAAACUAUGGUCCACCCCCACCACCUCCUGCGCCACCUCGUCGGUUAACUUCUACUACAUCCAACACUUCACUUAAUCGAAACUACGGACCACCACCACCACCACGUCGUUUAGCUUCUACUACAUCAAACACUGCCCUCAAUCAAAAUUACGGACCACCACCACCUGCACCCCCUCGUCGUUUAACGCCCAAUCCAUCAAGUAACUCGCUCAAUCAAAGUUACGGACCACCACCACCUGCACCGCCUCGUCGGUUGACUCCUAAUCCAUCAAAUAACUCACUCAAUCAAACUUAUGAACCACCACCACCUGUUAGCGCUAAACCUGUCCUCUCGUCUUAUAGCAGACCACCUUUACCUACUAGUAACGCAUCAGCACAUCAAACUAAAUUCGAAUCGAACCCACCGAAUCUUACAUUUCUUCAACCUGGCUUAAAGAAAUCAAGCAUACCUUAUCCACCAUUUUCGAAAUUUACCGAAUCAGAUAAAUUAUCAUUUUUUGCUUUAUUAGAUGAAUUUUUCAAUGUUCAAUCUGAUUCAGUUGAUCAAACUGUAUCACCACCUUCUUUAUCAUCAACACCACCACCACCAAUCUCGAUUCAUAAUAAACCCAGGAGCACUUUAAAUCAAUUUGAAGCGAAAUAUCCCACAACAAUCUCAUCUAAAGAUUUAGCUACUUAUUUCUUAAAUCAUCAUUUAUGGACAUCAAAUCAAGAUCAAUGGUAUACAUUAUCAGAUCCAAUUCCAAAUCCAAUCUUAAAUUUAACCGAUAUCAAACGUAUGUCAUCUUGGAAACAAACAGGUUCGAUUCGACAUCAAUUCAAUUAUAUUUUAUUUUCUGAUUUAUCUCAACUGUGGAGUUCAAUAAUCUUUAAUACCCAAAACCCCUUUCCACCUCAAGAAGUUAAAGUGAAAUAUCGUCCUACACCUUCUAUUAAAGAUGUCAAUCAAUUGACCAUUGCAUCUGAAACUUAUAGUGAUUAUUUAUUGCAAUAUCUAGAAGGAGUCGAGAAUCGUAAGACUCAUGUUGGAAGAGGAGAAUGUUGGGAUUUAGCAAAUGAAGCAUUAAAAGCCAUUCCAAGUUUCUCUCCUCAUUUACCUUUACCUCUCACUAGUAUCAAUCGUACUCAUGGUUGGUUACUUUAUCAUGGUGAAGCUAAUGGAUUAGGUAAUGGGGUGGGUCAUUGGUUACCUGAAUGUAUUGAUCAGAUUAGACCGGGUGAUGUGAUUGAAUGGAAAUUGGUUUCUUGCAAUACGAUUCAUCCUACUUUAAUGUGUAAAUUGGGCGAUCCAGAUCAUACAGCUAUGAUUCUAGAUGUCAAAUCAUCAAAUAUAACCAAUCGUUUCAUACCUCCAUCUCAAUUAGGUCAAAUCACAGUCUUGGAACAAUCUUUAAAACAAUUACCAAUCAGAAGAACUUAUGAUCUUAGUACGAUCUCAGCUGGUUCAGUUUGGAUUUAUAGACCUGAUUCUGAAAAGAAUUUAUUAGGUCUUAGUGCUAAUUCUUGUGAUUGGCCUCCCAAAGGUUACACUUUAUCUAGUUGA